GUUCGAUAUGCAUGCAAUUUCCCAUUGAAAAGCUAGCAGCUACUAAAACAUAUAUUAGAAUGCCCCCUCAAUGACAAUUAUUUCAUACACAUUCUGCAAAUCAUAUAUUUUCAUGCACAGCGUGAAGUCGCUUUUGCACGGUCUCUAACAAUAACAUUGUGUACAGUGCAUCCUAACUAGUUAUUUAGCUAGGUAACGUUAGCUGCAAAAAGCAUCACCCCCCCUCCACCUCCGAGAAGAACAGCGCGCGACCAAAACAUGGCGGAGUCAGAGGAGGCUAAACAAAAAUCUCAGCAUGAACUCCGGCUGUCCAAGGCUUUUGAUGAGGCGGUGAAGCUCUCAGCCCCCACAGCUGGUGAGUCCCAGCGACAACACACUCCCCUGUCAACAAGAUCUCUUUGGAGCAGCAUCUCAACCGGACCAGUCUUUGGAGCACCAGAACCAGUCGGACGUCCUGACGUUGACCAUGAUUUUAGCAGUGAUGAUGAGGGGAAUGUAUUCCCUCACAUCUCUCAUCCUACCAGUACCACCUUCUCCCUGGCUGGCCUGGGACCGGGCCAGCCAGAGGAUGAGCUGGAUGGGGUUCCUGUGUUUGGAGCAGAUGAGGAGGAGGAGUGGGACAUAGCCCUGCCCAAGGUGGCGCUGGGUGACGUGGAGUCUGACAGAGAGUCAGGCGGACGGCCGGCUGGAUUGUCUGACACACGACGUGCAGAGACUCAGGAUGAUAAAAAUUCAACUGACAGAUUCCUUGAUGCAGUCUCACUUUCCAAUGUUAGAACAGCUUCUGAGGAGGCUAGUCAAAUGCAAGGAGAAAGCCAUCUUUCGACUAACCCCUCUCAGUCCCCUUCACCAGAUAACAGCUUGGAUGGAGGAAGACAGAAUCGGUCUAUUGCUGGGGGAUCCAGCCGUCAAGAGAGGUCAGAAAAUGUGUUCCAGAACCCAGUGGUGGGGGACAGAGAAGAGCCCCCCAUCUCUCCCCUCAUGAACAUCAAAGAUGAGCCCAUAGAUGAAGGAUAUGACUGCGCCCUUCUACCCUCAACACGGAGUAUCAAGGAGGAGCUGGACAACACAGCUCCUGAGGAGGAGCUGAGGAUUAGUUCUGUCUUUUCUGUUGGUGGAGGAAAUGCGUAUGGCUCGCCCACUGCCGCUCCCCAGACCUCCACCUCCAUAUUUGGACCAGGAAGAAGUCUAGUUCCACAGGGGCCAACGAUGACCCUCAGGAGCCUGGCUCCAGUGCCCCAGCCACCCCCUCCCCAGCCCCAGCCCCAGCCCCAGGCCCAGGCCCAGGCCCCUAGCGGCUCCAACCCAGCCAACGCAGUGCGUGUGUCCUGCUCUGGCUGCUCUAAGAUCCUGCUGCGCGGUCAGACUGCCUUUCAACGGAAAGGAUCCACCCAGCUCUUCUGCUCCACUGUCUGCCUCACUGGGUUCACCCUGCCUCCCAUCAAACGGAGAACCUGCUACCAGUGCCUAAAGGAGAUUGAGGACCCCAAGGAUGUGAUCAGUGUGAUUACAGACAAUAACCUGAAGGAUUUCUGUAGCCAGUUCUGCCUCUCUGUGUUCAACCGCAAGAGGAAACCAGGGACUAUUUCCAUGCCUUCUUUCCAAGAGCCCGCCGCCCCGACAUGCAGUAUGUGCAAGAAGAGCGACACGAUUCAGCACGAAGUGACUCACCAGGGCUCCUUGCACAAACUGUGUAGCGAUGAGUGUUUCAUGCACUUCCGCUCCUCCCACAACCUGGUCAUAAACGUGUGUGAGAGCUGUGGCGAGUACUGCGCCAGUACUGACAGGAACUGCCGGUCGCUCCGAGUAGAGGGCGUCACCAUGAAGUUCUGCAGUCGUACCUGCAUUAGCACUUUUAAACGGACGACCACGAAGGUGAUGCCGUGCGGUCACUGUCGUGAUCUGAGACUCAUGUCUGACAUGGUGGAGAGCACCGAUACGGAUGGCAAGGUGGAGCUCUUCUGCAACUCCAUCUGUGUCAAUAACAGCCGGCCACAGAACGACCUGUCAGGAACGGCAUUCCCUUGUACCUACUGCAAAGUGAAGGCUGUCUCUCAGUACCACCUGGCCAUGGUAGAUGGCAGCAUCCGCAACUUCUGCUCUUACACCUGCGUCAAGACCUUCCGGGAGGCCGAAGGCAGCCAGCCUCCCCCCCAACAGGGCCAGAUGAAUGGCUCCUCAUCCACUGCUCCUCCCAUGGUGUCUCCAUACCUCCAGACCCCUCCAGCACUACCCCAGGGCUACUCCCAUCCUUACCCCCCGUCCUGGGUCCCCACCACUGGCCGCCCGUACGCGCCAACCCAGAUCUCUGCUCCACCUCUACCCUAUCGAGCCGCCCCAGGCUUGGCUAGGGCCUAUGGGGUAGGGCAGCAUCAACCAGGGCCGCCCAUGGCCCCCACCUCCUCCUUUACCUCCGCCACCAGUGGACCUGUGAAACUCUCCUGCCAUCAGUGUCCUCAGCAGUUCCGCUGGAAACCUGAGCUCUAUGAGUACAAUGGUCGCACCAUGCAGUUCUGUUGCAAACUGUGCUGUGUUGAGUUUAAGAAACGGAGUAAUAUCAAAGUGAGGUGUGAGUACUGCAAACUGGAGAAGGUAGUCAAAGAAGUCAUCAGAUAUGACCUCAUUGACCGGCCCUUCUGCAGUGAGAGCUGUAAGCUGCUUUUCAAGCACGACAUGAAGGGGCCAUGGCGGACGUGUGCCUAUUGUGCAGACAUCAGCCCCAAGAUGAUCCACAACCACUUUGGUGGCAGGAUGCAAGAGUUCUGCAGGGACGCGUGCAUGUCCAACUACACUGUUCUCUUCUAUGAGAUGGCUAAGUGUGAGUGCUGCAGACGUCAAGGGAAAAUGAGAGAGCAACUGAAGUGUUUUGGGGCAAUAAGGCACUUCUGUAACCUGGAGUGUGUUAUUCAGUACUGCUAUCAGACCUUCCAGCUGCACCCUCGGACUAGCAACGGCACCACUACUACACAGGGUCCGUCCCAACCUCUAUUCUCCCUCUCCAAGCCAGCUCCUGUCAUUGCUGAUGUUGUCUCGUUGGCCACCUCUCCUGCUGGCCAGCCCCAUGCUACGGCUGCCACUGCCCUCACAGGAGCUCUUCCUACGUCUAACUCUCAUGGCAAGAGCCUUGGCGAUGCGAGUACCCAGACGGACGCCAUGAGGAUCUCAGCCCGCCGUCGGAUCAUGAAGAACAAGGCCAUCAUCUGUAAACCCCUCAUGCUGGACCAGGAAACCAGCUGCCAGAUUCAGACGCAGGCAGCAGAGAAACCAAUGGCACCCAUGGGGUUCACAGAGACUGGGUUCACGUACACAGAGAACGGGGAGAAAGUGCGGGUGGUUGUGAUGCCCGUUCCUGUGCCAGUCUUCAUCCCAGUGCCCAUGAACCUGUACAGCCAGUACACUCCUGUGCCCAUGGGUAUCCCUGUGCCUGUCCCAGUGCCCAUGGUAAUACCCCCCUCGUUAAGCCGCUCAGAGCUCAAGGACAGGAAAGACGGUGUCGCAUCUCAAACCAUGGCCGAGCAGGAGAAAGACAAACCUGUCUCCCAUGGAGACCAAGGCAGCGCCUACAGUGGAGACCUGGAGUCAGAGGCUGUGUCCACCCCCCACAGCUGGGGUGGAGAGGCUGUGUCCACCCCCCACAGCUGGGGUGGAGAGGAUGAGUCUACAGCCAACCCCCAGAGAGGGACAGAGGGUCCUGGCGACCCCCCCAGCACAACCUCCUCCCCCAACAUGUUGGACCUGGAGGCUGACUACCCCCCUGAGUCGUUUGAUCAUGCUGCAGUGAAGGGGCAGAGGCUGACUGUACAGGCCACAAGACACAAGAGAUCCAAAGAUGGCUUACCUCCCAGAAAACGGAGUCGUAAGCGAAGUGGGACUGUGAACAUGGUGGAGCAAACUGUUUCACUCCCUCCUGCCAGAUCAAAACUCCACCACAAGUACGGGGUGAAAGCCUGGAAGAAUUGGGUGUUGCAAAGGAACAAGCAGUUUGACUGUGAAUUUUCCAAAGAUCCCUCUAAAUCCAUGGUUUUGAAGGAGGACGUGUUGCAGUGUAACUCCUCUGAGCUUAGUUAUGGCCUCUGUCGCUUCAUCAGUGAGGUCCGUCGCCCCAACGGUCAGGCCUACCCCGCUGACAGCAUCUUCUACCUCUGUCUGGGCAUACAGCAGUAUCUAUUUGCGAAUGGAAGGAUAGAGAAUAUCUUCACUGAUGUGCUCUACCACAAGUUCAGCAUGGAGAUUACUAUGAUGCUACAUUACUGGAGACCUACCCUGCUGCCCAGCGGCUACUUGCAUUCCCGUGUGGAGGAGGAGUACCUGUGGGACUGUAAACAGCUGGGGGCCUACUCCCCCAUCGUGCUGCUCAACACCUUGCUCUUCUUUGGAACCAAGCUGUUCCAGUUCAAGACCCAGAGCCAACACAGACGUUUGUCCUUCGCCAACUUCACCCACUGUACCAGGGUCACUAAGAACGGCAAAAGCGCCUUCCUGAGGUUUAGGCCUUGUCAGGACACUGCCGAGCUGCUAGCUUUGCCUGCCAAGAGGAAGCUGGAUGAUGAGGAAGGUGACAUGGAGAUGCCUGAGAACACUGAGAACCCACUACACUGCCCUGUCAGACUCUACGAGUUCUACCUCUCCAAAUGCUCAGAGUCUGUGAAGAAUAGACCAGGCCUGUUCUACUUGCAGCCAGAGCUCUCCUGUCACUCCAGCAGCUCGCUGUGGUACUCUGGCCAGCAACUAGAAGGCGCUGCACUGGAGAGCAUGCUAACACGCAUCCUGGCUGUACGGGAGGUCCACCUUAAUGAGCCUCCACUGCAUCAUCACUCUACUGAAGCUUCAGCAGCCUCCACCGAUGACAACGAUGACAGCUCAUAGUGGAUAUAACAGACUCAUGGAAUGGCACCCUAUUCCCUAUAUAGUUCAGUGCACUACUUUUGAACAGGGCCCAUAGAGCUCUGGACAAAAGUAGUGUACUAUAUAGGGGAUAGGGUGCUAUUUCAGACGCAACCAUGGACAUGUUGCAAACAUCCACAAUCAUGUAAAGACACUACGAUAAGAUACUGUCUGACACUUCAUUUAGUUUUUCAUAAUGUCUUUGUUUCUAGAUUCUAGUUUUAGAGGAUGAAUGGAAUCAUGGCUAACAAAACAUAAAAAUACUGUUAAUGUUACAUUAGUGUCUGUUUGUUUUUCUAAUUUGUUACUAUAGCUGAACAUUUUAUUGUGUUACUUUCUACUAAUCUGCCUUUGUUCUAAGGGCCCACACAACUAAUUCCAUAGUAUCGAUCAUCCACACUACUAACUAAACCAAGGUGAUCACAUAAUGUUGUACAUAGUUUCGUUGAUUUUUUUUGUUAGUUUUUUGUAUGGAUCCCUCUGUUAUGGACUUGAAUAAGCAACAUUAUUAUGCAAAGGACAUUUCUGUCUGCUCUGCUGUUUGUUCUCUGAAGGGAUUAAAAGACAACCUCUGACUCUGAGAAUAAAACUCAGAAACCGA